CCUCUGGUUCCUCCUAGGCGCAUCAUCUCUCAGCUGACUCUUUUGUCGUUCGUUUCAAUAACCGUCACCUGCCGCCCGAGAACGCCACGGCAACUUCGCUUUCAGCUGUCCGCAGAUGAACUCUGACUGAGUGACGGCGGCUACAGCAGCAGCCAUGGCCGAGGACUUGCCAUCGCUCCUCAGCUUGGAGGACGAGCUCACCUGCAGUAUCUGCCUGUGUACCUUCGAAAACCCCGUCACUAUCCCGUGCGGCCACAACUUUUGUCAGGGAUGUCUGGACGAGACUUGGAAGGAAAGUUUUCUGCUGUUCUGCCCUCAGUGUCGCCACCAGUACGAGACCAAGCCCAUACUGAAGAAAAACACGGUCAUAAGCGCCGUGGUGGCGACUUUCAAACUCAGGUCUUCUUCCUCGGAGCUGGACCUCUCCAAAAUGGUCCUAGACGACGGCGGCGAGGAGGAGAAGAAAAUUAAGAAGGAACCGGACGUCAAGUGUGACACCUGCAUGGAGGCCGCCGCGCUUAAGACCUGCCUCACCUGCAUGGCUUCGUUCUGCGUCGAGCAUGUCAAGCCGCACCAGGAGAACCCAAUUUUUCGUUCCCACCAGUUGGCCGAGCCACUGGGAGAUCUCCAGGAGCGAAUCUGCCAGGACCACUGCAAGAUCAUGGAGUUCUUCUGCCAGACGCACGGCUGUAGUAUUUGCAGUGCCUGCCUGCAGCAGGUGCACCGAGGCUGUGACUACACAUCACCUCAGGAGAAACGGGAUAAGAAAGAGACCGAGUUGAAGGGCAUGCUUACUGUCAUGAGUAGGAAGAUCGACAAAAACAACAUCGUCAUGGCUCAGAUGAAGGAACAGCAACUGCAGUUGCAGGAUGACGGUAACGCUCGUAAGAAGAUGCUGAGCGCCGAGUACCAGCUGAUCCGGGACCUGAUCGACCGGGACGAGCAGCAGGCCUUGAAGGCCGUGGACAAGGAGAUGGAGAGCGGCCAGGCCAAGCUCCAGUCGCUCCUCAAGAAGUUUGGCCAGAACGUGCAGAAGAUGACCCAGACCAAAGCUGAGAUCAACCGCCUCCUGACCAGCGCGGACACUUUAUCUUUCCUGCAGGCUUCAGUGGAACUGCCAGCCAAUGCCAACUUUGAGCCGUACUGCCCGAAAGUAAAUGUUGACUCAAAGGCAGUUAUCGCCUAUCACUCGUCUGUAGUGGCUGUGAAGGACCUUCUCAACAAGAUCCUGGCAACGCCAGUGGAGAGUCGCAUUUCAGUUCUUAAACCAGAUUUUGAGAGGGACGUUCUUGGCAAAGUCUCAAGUGACCCUCCUGAAGGAUCUACUCUGCGACCAGGGCCUCCUGAGAGAGGUGGCAGAGCAGGAGGUCCCCCCAGGAACAUGAGGUCUCCCAGUCCAGGAGCCUCCCUCAGGGCGGGCAACGGCAGAUUUCAACCACCACCUCACCACCCACCUCUUUACCACCCACAUUUCCAACAACCACCUUUUCACCACCCACUUCACCACCCACCACCUCACCACUACCCACCUCACCACCAACCACCUCACCACCACCCACCAGGGAAGAAGCCAGGGAAUCCCAAGACACCCAAGGGAGACCAAAAUAAAGGAAAGAAAAAGGAAAAGACACCCAAACCUGAUCCAUCCACCAGGGUUCCUGCCGGUGAUCCAUGCCCACCAGAUAAUCUGGGUGAACCCCCCUCUGUUCCUCGGGAUGUGUCCAAUGCUGUGAAAAGAAGUGACCUCCUAAAAUUUGGAACAGUGCUGAAGCUGGAUCCCAGGUCGGCCCACAAGCGCAUCGGCCUGUCGGAGGACUUCACCAAGGCCUCGGUGGCGGAGGAGCCGUGCCCCUACCCAGACGGGCCCGAGCGCUUCUCCGUCUGCUCCCAGGUCCUCUGCUCCAAGGGCUUCGAGCGCGGACGCCACUACUGGGAGGUGAAGAUGAGCAGCAACAACUUCUGCGGGCUGGGCCUGGCCUACGGCCGAGUGGACCGCAAGGGCCCCGCCAGCCGCCUGGGCCGCAACGCCGACUCCUGGUGCGUGGAGUGGUUCAACGUCAAGCUGUCGGCGUGGCAUGACAGCGCCGAGACAGUGCUGCAGAACCCCAACCCCAGCCGCGUGGGCGUGUUGCUGGACUGUGACGCGGGCAGCGCCACCUUCUACUCUGUGGACGGGCGUACCCCUUCUACUCGGGCCUACCCCUUCCACACCUUCGUCUUCCCCUUCCAAGAGGCCGUCUACCCCGCCUUCUGGAUCUUUUCCCAAGGCUCGUCCAUCUCCCUCUGUAAGCUCACUGCAUGAGGGUAGUUGACGAUUGUCCGUGGUGCUCUCUUCAUGAGCGAUUUAAAAAAAUAUCAAAUUUCUAAAAUGACUACUCUGGUUGUUCCUCCAUCUCCCUCUGUAGCUCACCGCCUGAGGGUGGUGGUCGAUUGUCCGUGGUCUCUUUAUGAGCCUUGUAUUCUUUUAAUGGUCUUUAAUUCACAAUUUAAAAAAGUAACAAACUUCUAAAAUGUAAGAGGAAUUUACUCGGGUUGCUCCGCCAUCUCCCUCUGUAAGCUCAACCCCAUGAGGGUGGUGGUCGAUUAACAUUGAGACUUUCUACUUGAGCCUUGUAUUCUUUAAGUAAGGGUUAACGUUCGGCGAGAAGGUCGCUACCGUGGAAUAGCAGCACGACAGAGAGAAUCUUUAGACCCCGACGCGGAGCGGAGGGGUCUUGUUCUCUCUGAAGUGCUGCUAUUCCACAAAGCGACCGACUCGCCGAAAGUUAACCCGCUUAUUAUAUGGAUAUACUUAAAUGAUUCACACAUGGCGGGGACAUUUCCUUAGGCCUAUUUCAUGUUAAGAUUGUUGCUGCGCAAAACAAAACAGUGCCGUUGUGGAACACCGCUAGGCAACAGCUAGGUAGCCAGGACAACAGGUGUUGUCUAUCACAGCAGCUGAUUAGAGUCUUGUUGAAAAGUCGCUUUAGCAGUGAAAAGUCUUGUUGCCAUUGACAGCGGUCUGUUAUAGACCAACCCGUCCGUUAUCGAAAAAUAACAGACGUGCGAACGUUGGGGAGCCCCGUUGAAAUGAAUGGAGCAUUCGACCGAUGACGUCACACCAUAUAAUAAUGCUCUUAAUGCACGAUUUGAAAAAAAUAUCUAACUUCUAAAAUGUAAGAGGAAUUUACUCAGGUCACUCCUCCACCUCCCUAUGCAAGCCAACCGCCUGAGAGUUAUUGCCAUUUCUUAGGCCUUUUCUUUAUUUAAAAGACAAAGCGAAUAAAGUUCCGAAACAAACAAAA